ACAACAAUCUCUCCACUGUCUCUUUAUGUUCUUUCUGAUACCAAAUCCAAAGCAAAACAAAACCACAGAAUCAAUAUCCUCUUCCUUUCUCAGAUUUUAAAUUACUCCAUUCAUGAAACCAUCAGCUUCCAGAUUUUCUUUUACUUUCUCACACUUUCUCGCACUCUACUGUCUUCUCACACAGACCCAUGUAGCUCAAGGAUCCCAUCAAUGGCAAUCUCCAAUCAAAACCGUCGUUGUUUUGGUAAUGGAGAAUCGAUCUUUCGAUCACCUCUUAGGAAAUCGGUUAACCCGUCGAUAGACGGUGUUACGGGUCAGGAAUGUAACCCGGUUCCGAAUUCUACCCAAACCAUUUGCUUCACUAGUGAUGCUGAGUUUGUGGAUCCGGAUCCGGGUCAUUCGUUUGAGGCUGUGGAGCAACAGGUAUUCGGGUCGGGUCAGAUCCCGUCCAUGAUGGGUUUCGUUGAGCAAGCGUUUUCGAUGCCGGGAAAUUUGUCGGAAACGGUCAUGAAAGGCUUCCGGCCUGAAGCUGUACCGGUUUAUGCGGAGUUGGUUAAAGAAUUCGCUGUGUUUGACCGGUGGUUUUCUUCGAUUCCCGGUCCGACUCAACCAAAUCGGUUAUUCGUCUAUUCGGCUACCUCACAUGGUUCCACAAGCCAUGUCAAGAAGCAACUCGCUCAAGGGUAUCCACAAAAGACGAUAUUCGAUUCGCUCCACAAUAACGACAUUGAUUUCGGAAUAUACUUCCAGAAUAUUCCGACGACAUUAUUCUACCGUAAUCUCCGACAGCUAAAAUACAUUUUCAAAUUGCAUCAAUACGAUUUGAAAUUCAAGAAAGACGCAGCACAAGGAAAGUUACCGAGCUUAACCGUCAUCGAACCGAGGUAUUUCGACCUGAAGGGCUUACCGGCCAACGAUGAUCACCCAUCGCACGAUGUGGCUAACGGUCAAAAGCUGGUUAAAGAAGUGUACGAGGCACUUAGGUCGAGUCCACAAUGGAACGAGACGCUACUAGUCAUAACCUAUGAUGAGCAUGGUGGGUUCUAUGAUCAUGUGAAGACUCCUUAUGUCGGUAUACCAAACCCGGAUGGAAAUACCGGACCGGCCCCUGGUUUCUUUAAAUUUGACCGGUUAGGUGUUCGGGUACCUACCAUUAUGGUUUCACCUUGGAUUCAGAAAGGAACCGUGGUGAGUGAGGCAAAAGGGCCAACAGAGAGCUCAGAGUAUGAGCAUUCAUCAAUACCAGCGACCAUCAAGAAACUCUUCAAUCUCUCUUCCAAUUACUUAACACAUAGAGAUGCUUGGGCUGCUACUUUCGAAGACGUGGUAUCUCACUUAACCUCUCCUCGAACCGAUUGUCCCAUGACUCUUCCUGAAGUUGCACUCAUGAGAGCCACUGAGCCUAAAGAAGACGCAGCUCUUUCUGAGUUUCAGAGCGAAGUGGUUCAACUUGCAGCGGUUCUCAAUGGAGAUCACUUCCUCAGUAGCUUCCCGGAUGAAGUUGGGAAGAAGAUGACUGUGAAACAAGCUCAUGAGUAUGUCAAAGGAGCUACUUCUCGGUUUAUACGAGCUAGCAAAGAAGCAAUGAAGCUAGGUGCUGAUAAAUCUGCCAUUGUCGAUAUGCGAUCUUCGCUCACUACACGGCCACGCAACCUAAUAACAACCAAAAGAAAAUCAAGAAUGAGAGGAAAAUAUCUUUAUUUACUAGUGCUUAUCAUUACCUUGGCCUCCUCCAAUGAAGUUGUUGCCAAGAACAAGUCUUCAGCACCUAAAUUAAGAAGAAGUGAUUUCCCACAAGAUUUCAUUUUUGGGGCUGCGACAUCAGCGUACCAGGUAGAAGGAGCUGCUCAUGAAGAUGGACGAGGACCAAGUAUCUGGGAUACAUUCUCUGAAAAACACCCAGAGAAGAUACAAGAUGGUAGCAACGGGUCAAUAGCAGGUGACUCUUACCGUCUUUACAAGGAUGAUGUGGCUUUACUGCAUCAGAUUGGCUUCAAUGCCUACAGAUUCUCAAUCUCUUGGUCGAGAAUCUUGCCUGGUGGGAAUCUAAAAGGAGGAAUCAACCAUGCUGGUAUUCACUAUUACAACAAGUUGAUCAAUAAGCUUUUGUCCAAAGGAAUCAAGCCUUUUGUCACAAUUUUUCAUUGGGAUACACCACAAGGCCUUGAGGAUGCUUACGGUGGGUUUCGUGGAGGAGAGAUCGUGAACGAUUUCCGAGACUAUGCGGAUAUUUGCUUUAAGAAUUUUGGUGACAGAGUGAAGCAUUGGAUGACAUUGAACGAGCCCUUGACUGUGGUGCAACAAGGAUAUGCUGUAGGUGUAAUGGCUCCAGGAAGAUGCUCCAAAUUCACAAACCCUAAUUGUACCGCCGGAGAUGGAGCCACCGAGCCUUACAUCGUCGGUCACAACCUCCUCCUCGCUCAUGGAGCAGCCGUCAAAGUCUACAGAGAAAAAUACAAGGCAUCUCAAAAAGGUCAAGUAGGUAUUGCUUUGAACGCGGGUUGGAACUUGCCCUAUACAGAAUCGGCCGAGGAUAAGUUAGCCGCGGCACGAGCCAUGGCCUUCACAUUCGACUACUUUAUGGAGCCGCUUGUGACCGGUAAAUACCCGGUCGACAUGGUCAACAACGUAAAAGACGGUCGCUUGCCUACAUUCACUGCACAGCAAUCAAAGAUGCUUAAGGGCUCAUAUGAUUUCAUUGGCAUCAAUUAUUACUCAUCUUCUUACGCAAAGGAUGUCCCUUGCUCCACCGAAAACGUUACAUUGUUCACUGAUCCUUGUGCAAGCGUCACAGGUGAAAGAGAAGGAGUUCCCAUUGGUCCAAAAGCUGCAUCGGAUUGGCUUUUGAUAUAUCCAAAAGGGAUUCGUGAUCUUGUCCUCUAUGCAAAAUACAAGUUCAAGGAUCCGGUCAUGUACAUAACCGAGAACGGGAGAGAUGAAGCUAGUAGAAACGGUAAAAUCUUGCUUAAAGACGGCGAGAGAAUCGAUUUCUACGUUCGACAUCUUGAGAUGGUUCGUGAGGCUAUCUCGGUUGGAGCCAAUGUGAAAGGAUUUUUCGCGUGGUCGCUGCUAGACAACUACGAAUGGGCAAACGGUUACACGGUCCGGUUCGGGUUGGUUUACGUAGAUUUCAAAGAUGGAUGUAAGAGAUAUCCCAAGAAAUCGGCUCACUGGUUCAGAAAGUUGUUGCAUCAAAAGAAAAGCAACUGAUGAGAUUUGUUUCGUUCUAUUUUAUCAGAUAUCUCCGUUAUUAUUAUUUUUUUUAGAAGUGAGAUUUAUAAUUAACUUAAUUAUUAUUGUUGAACCAGAAUAUCACCACUAGCGUUUUAAUUAAUGGUAGUUGUGGGUUUCGGAGAAUAAGAUUGUUUAUUAAUAACAACAAAGCGAAGUGAUCA